CACAAACGUAAACAGCACUCAGCAGUAGCUGUGAUAACUUUAAACAAUAAUUAUUGUUCUAAUUGUAAAACCCAAAAAACCAAACAUAAAAACAAAAUACAAAUUCAUUAUUAGAUAUUGACAAAUCAGUAAUAAAUAAUCAUAUUAUUUAUGAUGAUAAUAUAAGAACUUAAUUGCGUCUUAAUAAAACAAUACAAUGGAAACACAUCCAUUAAACAAGGCACAUCAGCAGCAUAGACGAGCCGAGGCACUUUUAAAAAAUAAUAAGUAUGAUGACGCCAUGCAAUGUCAUCAUAAUGCAGCAGAAUUACUCUUAGAUGCAAUGAAAUCUACUUCAUCUUCAGUAGCUCUCGAGUCUAUUACUUUGCAGCAUAGUUAUCACCUAAAACAGAAGGAUCUUAUACAGAGCAAGAAAGAACAAUAUGUACGAGUUAAAAAGGCUAUGGAUAUCUUUAAAAACAUGAGCAAAGAUUCACAAAUAAAUGCACCUGGUGAACCAUCAAAAGUGCAAGUAGCAAUUUAUAAAAACCUUAAUGAAUCAGAAACACUUCUUCAUGAGUUAUCAACUAAUCAAGAUGCAGGUGAGAUUAAAGAUUUUGCUAAAUUGAGUGAAGGAAAGGCAGAAAAAUCCCAAAAAAUUGUAAUUGAAGAAUUACAGACCCUUAAUCAUAGUUUGCACUCAUUGGUUGAACAAUUAGUUCUACAAGUGGAAGUUUUAAAAGAUGAGAAUAUGACUUUGAAAGAAAGAGUGAACUUUCUAGAAAAGGAGAGAGUAAGGUAUCUAAAUAUUUCACAAGAUGGGAUUACAUUGAGUGAUGAACCUACACGAAAUAAUUAGAUUAAAUUGUUAUAUUACUACUGUAUAUAUUUUUAUGAUAAUGACUUGAAAACUAAAUCAGAAUAAUUUCUCAAAAUGCUAGUUUGUUGGUGUACAUUCAUGCUUGGUUUUGAUAUCUUCCUUAUCUCACAUAGAAAGAUGGCAUGAUUGCACUCUGUAUAGAAAAUUGCUGUUGUUAAUUGUAAGAUGUGUUAUUUUUUGUAUUACAUUUUUAAUUAGUUAAAACACUCUUUUCUUAAUGUCA